AUGUGCACCGCCGCCCUACAUGCAUUGCAGGCGCUCACACCCGAUGACAUUGAGCCGGGCCCGGCCGGGCUCGCGCGCCAGCGCCAGCACAACGUGAGCCGCUUCCUGGCAGCUGCCGGGCGGCUGCUGCCUCCGGACUGCGUGUUCACGCAGGCGGAGCUGGAUGCGGACUGGGAGGCGGAAGAGCCGCGCGUCGCGGACUGCGUGCUGUCCCUGCGGUCUGCGGCAGCCGGCGCCGCUGCGGGCGCACAGGCGCUGCACUCGGGGGCCGCACAGUCGCCGCUUUCCGAUACCGCGCUGCGACGCCAGCGCGAGCAGCAGCAGCAUGCGCUGCCGCCCUGUGCGCGCAGCAGCAGCGGCAGCAGCCCUUACGGCUGGCAAGGCCAGGUCACUGCCGAGCCGUCCACGCCAGGCCACAGCGGCGGCGCGCCAACGCCGUUCGCGGUGGUUGCAGGCAGCGGAGGCAGCUUCAGCGCUGCACGGCCGCCGCUGCCCUCGACGCCGCCUGCCAACGGGGCUGUUGGCCCCAGCCCUAUGCGGAGCGCGCAGCCUCCGGCCGUCGCCGCUGCGCCCGCGGCGGCGCCUGCCGGCUUCGGCCCCAACGCGCCAGUGGCAGCUGCGGGCCUGCCGCCGGCGGCGGCCGGCGUCGGCCUGGGUUUGGGCGCCCUGGGCGGCGCUGCGCCUGGCGGGGAGAUGCGGUCAAUGCAGGCGGUGGCCGGCGUAACGCGGCUCAUGCAGCAGUGCAGCGGCAUGCUGCGCGAGCGUAUGUUCAUGGGCGGCGCCGGCGGCGGCGCGCAGGCGGCGGCAGGGGCGGCGGGGCGGAGCCCGGCCACUUUCGACCCCCAACAGGCGCUGUUCCCUGUGCUGGACGCGGUGUUGGGCCAGAUCACCCAGGAGUAUGAGAAGCGGCUGCUGCAGAAGGACCAUGAGCUGACGAGCGCGCGCGAGCGGGCGGCGGCGGCGCAGCGGGACGCCGCGGAGGCGCAGGCCCGCCUCCAGCAGGCCCAGUCCGAGUCCCGGCGCGAGGGCGCCGCCGCCGCGCGCGCUGCCGCCGCCGACGCGACCUCGGCGCUGGCGGCGGCGCGCGGGGAGCUGGAGGCGGCGCGCGCACUGCUGCGGGAGCGCGAGGGGGAGCUCGUCGUUCUGAGGGGCGCGGCGGACGAGGGGUUGCGAGCGCGGGCGGCGAGGGAGGCGGCGCUGCAGGGCCAGCUGGAGGAGGCCAGGCGCCAGCUGGCGGCGGUUGAGGACCUUUCGGCGCGAUACCGGCGCGUGGUUGAGCAGAACAGGGCGCUAUACAACGAGGUGCAGGACCUCAAGGGCAGCAUUCGCGUGUUCUGCCGCAUCAGGUGGGGGCGCGGUAGCUACGAUGCAUCAGGCGUUGCCAGGGGCCCUGCGGCAGCUGAGGCAUGA